CCCGCCUCAAUUAUCUGAAUGAUAGAAUAAAACGGUUUGUGCGACCUUAUGUAUGGACCAUUUGGCUGUACGAUAUGGAACUCGUAUUUUUGAUCGCUACCGUUACCUCAGUGUCCGUGUCCUUCGUUGAUGGAUUUGGAUAUCAGGGGAUCCGACCUCCCUCACUGAAACAAUGUUGCUAUACUGACAUAAACAAGGCUCAUUUCAGCUACGACAGGAAUUUCUGUGAAGGACCCAAGAACUGGUGCAAAGUUCAUCCGUGUUGGACGACCUGUGGAUCACAGAUGAGACAAUCACCAAUCAACAUCAACACAAACGAGACCAUUUAUAAAAGAUAUCCAAGGCUAAAGGUCGAAAACGUUCAUAAAAGAGUUAUUGCAACCAUUAGAAACAAUGGUCAUGCACCGUAUUUUGAGGUUCACGAAAAAUUCGAUGACGAGAUAGUUCUACGUAAUGUCCCUGAAAGACCGAGAAGGAAGGAGUAUAAUUUUGCUCAGUUACAUGUUCAACUUGGACGAAACGAAAAAGAAGGAUCUGAACAUUCUAUUGAUAACAAAUUCAAACCGAUGGAGGCUCAAAUGGUAUUUUACGACAAAGACUAUGAAGAUGUUUUGGAAGCUAAAUCAAAGAAAAAUGGAUUGGUGGUGAUAAGUGUAAUGAUAGAGGUAUACGGAAGAUCCAAGGAACAUGAUGACUGUGCGUGUGAUGGAGAAACAUGUACAGUCAGAUAUACAAGGAAGCUGAGUAAACUGAUGGAAAAAUAUUAUGAGAAAGUGCGGCGUUACCCAUUAGUGUCGAUAAACCCCCAUUUCUUGACCUUCAUUAAACUUCCAAGAAAGUGUUGGUACAAUAAAUGUGGUCGAACACCAAGUCCAGAUUUUAUAGAAAAGAAAUGUGAAAAAGAAGAGCCAGAAACAAGGCCAUUUUUUGUUUUUGAAGGUAUCACCCCUCUAGAUGUCAUACCGUAUGACACAAAUCGAUUCUACACGUAUGCAGGAUCUCUCACUUCUCCUCCAUGUUAUGAAACUGUACAGUGGGUUGUUUUUAAAUGCCCAAUUAAAGUGUCUAGCAAGGCUUUUAGAAUGUUACAGUUGGUACAAGAUUCACAUUUAGAUCCUCUUGAAAAACUUGGUGUAAGAAGGCCUUUACAGACAAAUAAGAACGUAAUUGUAUACCGUAAUCAUUUGAAAUGAUAAUGAUUGUAAUUAAAACAUGAAAUUAAGACAAAGAGGAAAUUGAUCUCGCCAUAUUUGAUAUAUGUGAAAGAUAAACUUAGGAAUGUACUGAGUACCCAACAGAUUCAUUUAUCAUAAACUCAUCAUAUAUGAUAUUGAUAUAUUUUAAUCGUUUAAUAUUACGUUUAACAUUUUUAUCAAACAUGUUAAAAGUAACCUUAGAAAUGUACUGAGAACCCAACAGAUUCGUUUGUCACAAACUCAUCAUAGAUAAUAUGGUUAUCUUUUAAUCGUUUUAUUUUUCUGGCCUUAGAUUGAGAUAAACAACAGUGUCACUAUGUAAUCGAAUCGAAUACAUUUGUUAUUUUUAACAAAUCAAACCUCUUCUAUCACAAAAAAAAAAUUAGUAAUAGUUUAUGAAAGUAUAAACUACAUGUCAAGACGUCAAGGAGGCGGAAUAUACUUUUUACACUAAACGGAUGUUCCAAAAUCAUAGGUCGAAGUAACAUCGACAAUAUUAUAGCGAAAAAUUAGAUACGACGAAGAGACAAAUAACUGUCUGAAAAACACUUAUUUGUCUCUUCGUCGUAUAAAUUUUUUGCUACAGAUAACCUAACCAAAUAACCAGGGUAGUCUCGUGGGCUUCUGGAGAUUAGGCGGAUCCUGCUGAACAUUUGAUUCCAUAAGCAAUUUAUAACUUCAUGAACCAUGUGGUAUGUGUUGUAAAAUUUAGUGUCACGAAAUAAAAUCUUACAAUACA